UAUUCUGAGAAGAAGAAAAAAACUCAUUCAACAACUUUUUUUUAGUAUGGCUCUCUGUUCUCCAAUAAACCCACAUUUUUUCCAACCUCUUCUUCCCGGUUUCACCAAGCACCUCGACAUUCCCGUGGCAUUCUUUUUGAAGCACUUAGAUAAAAGUAAUAAAGGCAAAACGGCUGAGCUGAGAUCAGACGCAUCCGAGACGACUUGGAACGUGAAGCUUGAAGGCCGGAGAUUCUCUGACGGUUGGGAAUAUUUCGCCGUCGCUCAUGAUCUCCGAGUUGGUGACAUUGUUGUUUUCAGACACGAAGGAGGGUUAGUGUUCCAUGUCACAGCUUUAGGACCAAGUUGUUGUGAGAUUCAAUAUGGAGAAGAUAGCCAAGAAGAGGACAAAACUGAGGAGCCUUGUGAUACUAUGGAGAAGAUCUCAAGAAAGAGGAAGAGACCAAAGACAGAAAUAGAUUUUUCAACAGACCAAUCUUGUUUUGUUAUUGCAGUCACGCCAUCGAAUCUAAGGCGUGAUGUAGUGUAUCUACCGAAAGCCUUUGCAGUGGUAAAUUGUCUGAUGAACAAACUUGAGAUUGUUUUAAUGAAUGAAGAAGGAGAAUCAUGGAAUUUAUACUUGACACAAGAGUCAUAUUCAGGCCGGUUUUACAUGAGCCAUGGCUGGAGAAGUUUCUGUGUUGCUAACGGAAAGAAACCUGGAGACAUGUUCACAUUCAAAUUGGUCCAAAAUGAAGCAACACCUGUGCUCAGAUUGUUACCCAUGAACAAUGAAGAUCUGCAUAAACCUGUUGAUACAGAGAGUGUUCCAAAAAAGAAGCAUCAAGAAACAGAAGCAGAUUCUUCUUUCGUUGCCAUUGUCACGGCUUCAAACAUAACGCGCGAUGAAAUGUAUCUUCCAAAAAAUUUCGCAGCGUCAAAUGGUCUCAGAAGUAAAUGUAAGAUUGAUUUAAUGAACGAAAAGGGAGAAUCAUGGACGAUAGACUUGAGACGAGUGCCAUACUCAGGCCGGUUUCUUAUGAGAAGAGGCUGGAGAAGUUUUUGCGUAGCUAAUGGGAAGAAGCCGGGUGACAUGUUCAGUUUCAAAUUAAUCCAAAACAUCGAAACACCUGUCCUUAAGCUGUUCCCUUUGAAUCUACCCAAGCUUGAGCCUAGCAAUGACACAAGACAAGGUUUAGAAGCUACGGAAAAAGAGUUUCUUGGUGCAGAACCUACCAACGAAGCUAUUAGGAGAAGAAAAUGUUCAGAAGCUAAUGAAACUACCAUCAAAGAAGAAAAUAUCACAACAGGCGAAAACCGAUUUGUGACAUUAACACUUGCAACUAGUAAACUUAAUCUUCCGUUGGAAUUCACGAAGGGGAAUGGAAUUAAAAAAGCAGAGAAGAUAAAGAUGAUUGACAGGUACGGUACAAAAUGGUCGACUUCACUACUCAUGAAUAAGAAGAAAAGAGGAGCAAUGACACUAGGAAAGGGUUGCAAAGGCUUCUGUGAAGUCAACAGCAUUAAGAUGGGCGAGUCUUUUGUCUUGGAGUUGGUUUGGGAAGACACAGUUCCGGUUCUUAAGUUCUGUUCCAAAUGUUGAGAACCACAUCAAGAAAGUUUUUCAGAUAUGUUGUCAAGGAUCGUGCUCAACGGAACUUCAAUGGAUUAUUAGUUUUUUUUUUUUGGUUCCACAAUAAUUUAUCUGAUCCAAAUUUUGGUUACAGCAUAAUUAACAUUACUAGAGCU